AUGAAAUUAGCAAAGAUACCAGAAGCCUUUGGUCUGCAAGAACUUUGUAAGGGAUACUUUCCCCAUUUAUUCAACACCAAAGCCAAUCAGAAGUACGUGGGGCCGUACCCGGCAUUAAAAGACUACGGGUACGAGUUCAUGUCGUCCGGAGAGCGGAAAAAGCUUGCCGAAUGGCACGCUACGAAAGAGGGCAAAACCUUUAACUUUCGAGAGGAAAUGUUACAAUACUGUCGCUCAGAUGUGGAUAUUUUGAGGCGGGGAUGUCUGGAAUUUAGAAAUUUAAUGAUCAAGGCCACAACGAUAAAAAAAUCAACAGUCCAAGCUGACGGAAUUACCAAAACAACAGUCACGAGUGGGGUAGACCCAUUCGAUUUCGUCACUAUUGCAAGUGUUUGCAUGGGCAUUUUCAAAUGUUUGUUUUUAAAGGAAAAACAUGAAAUAGAAAUUAUCAAAGACGGGGAAUCCAACUGGUAUAAUGUGGAAUGUCCGAAUGGAAUAGAUGGGGUCAAUAUCAAUGAGUCGUGGACGUCUCUUGUCGACCUAAAAAAAGACGAAUGUGUGCAAAUUGGAAAACGAUAUUUUCAGAGUCCGAUAGCUGUUGUGCCGUCCCAAGGAUAUACGAAACGUGAAAAUCAUAGCAAGAUUUCCAUCCAAUGGUUAGAAUGGUUGAUGGAAAAAAGUCGUCACCGAGGGAACCCUGUUUACAUUUCUCAUGCCCUCAACGGAGGCGAAUAUAGAGUUCCUGGCACUAAUUACAGAUGUGAUGGAUUUGCCAAAACCCCCGAUGGAAUGGGAACCAUUUACGAAUUUUAUGGCUGUGUCUUUCAUGGUUGCCCUUCCUGUUACCCAGACGACCGAAAUACCACCAAACACCCCUCCACAAAUCAGACGAUCAAGGACUUGUAUGAUAUGACGAUAAAACGUGAGAAAGAAUUAAAAAAUAUGGGCUACAAGUUGAUUACUGUGUGGGAGCAUCAAUUCAACUAUCAGCUGGAGAAGAAUGCGGCUUUACAACAAUUCGUGUCGACCUUGGAUCUCCAAGACAGACUUGAUCCACGUGAUAGUUUCUUCGGUGGUCGAACCAAUGCCAUCAAACAACAUUACCAAGCCAAAGAAGAUGAAACCAUACAGUAUUACGACUUUACCAGUUUAUAUCCAUGGACGAACAAGUAUUGUCGCUACCCUGUCGGUCAUCCAACCAUCAUUACAGACAAUUUUCAGGACAUGUCACAAUAUUUUGGACUUGCCAAAAUUAAAAUUCUCCCUCCUAGAAAACUUUAUCACCCCGUACUUCCUUAUAAUUCGAAUGGAAAAUUAAAGUUUCCAUUGUGUAGAACGUGUGCGGACAGUGAAAAUCAAACUGAUUGUACAUGCUUUGUGAAAGAGAGAGCCAUCACGGGCACGUGGUGUACUCCUGAAAUUCAAAUGGCAACGUCCAAGGGGUACACAAUUUUAAAUAUUGAUGAAAUUUAUCAUUUUGCCGAAACCUCAAAAUACGACCUUGCGUCGGGUGAGGGGGGACUUUUCGCUCUGUAUGUUAACAUGUUUUUAAAAAUCAUACAAGAGGCUUCAGGAUUCCCUGUUGAAUGUGAUACAGAAGAGGCCAAACAAACCUAUAUAAGGGAAUAUAAAGAAAAAGAGGGCAUACAAUUAUAUUACGAGAAAAUAAAGAAAAAUCCCGGUUUGCGAUGUUUAGCAAAACUCUGUUUAAAUAGCUUCUGGGGUAAAUUCGGUCAAAGGUUGAAUAUGCAACAGUCUGUGUUCAUUCACGAGUCAGAAGCCGACAAAUUUUUUCAGAUGCUCUCCGAUCCUACUAAAGUCCCCCAUAAUUUUCACAUCGUUUCCAGAGACAUACUUCACUUAGAAUGGAGCAACAAUCCAUUAUUUGCAGCAUUCGACAACAAAACGAACAUAUUCUUGGCUUCUUUUACCACCAUGUGGGCUCGAUUGAAAUUAUACAGUGUUCUUGACAAAUUAAACGAGAGCGUGUUAUAUUUCGAUACAGUGUCAUUUUGA